AUGUCGACAGUAUUUGGUGUUACAAUCUUGGCAUUUAUCAAUUCAUACAUGGUGCUUGUGUUUUUCAAAACAAUCUUCCUGGUCAUCGUUAUUGGUGUAUUUCAUGCUCUUCUGCUACUGCCCAUAGUUCUGUGCAUGACCGCCCCGGUCACUGAUCGAAUUAAUGAACAGUGUUGUGAGCAGCCAACAAAUUCUAGCCAAGAUAUUGGUGCCGAUUCUAGGUUGCAAAGUGGACCCCACAAACUGGUAAUUGGUGUUAAGUGA